AACUGCAGUUUGGAGUCUCUUAUCCUCCUCCCUUCAGCCACUGAACUUUUCUGGAGCGGAAGCGAGGGCCCGGAGAAGGCUGAGAGACCAAGGAAGAAUCCCUCGCGAGUUCUCCCGACCAUCUCUGAAGCCGGGCCCCGGAAUGAAGAAGAUUUUCAGCUUCGGCAGCAAGAGAGAGGCGUCUCGGUCUCGCGCCUCCUUCCCCCCGCGGAGGGACAGCGGGGUCCAACCCUCCGGCCCUAAUGCUGGAUACCUCAUCAGGGUCAAGGACCUCGGGAAGAUCCACAAAGCUGCCUCGAUCGGGGAUGUGGCGAAGGUGCAGCAGCUGCUGAUGCUCGGGAAAUCCGGCGUGAACGAUCUGGAUAAAGAGAACCGGACGCCUCUACACCUGGCCUGUGCUAAUGGAUAUCCAGAUGUUGUGUCUGUCUUAGUAGAGAGAAAAUGUAAGCUAAACGUGCGUGACAAUGACAGUCAAACACCUUUAAUUAAGGCUGUACAGUGUCAACAGGAGGAGUGUGCAACUAUCCUGCUGGAACAUGGUGCAGACCCUAAUCUUGUGGAUAACAACAACAACACUGCACUUCACUAUGCUGCCUUUGUACAAAACACAGCCAUAGCAGCAGAGCUGCUUAGACAUAAUACAGAUAUUGAAGCAAAAAACAAGGAAGGCUAUACACCACUUUUGCUUGCAAUUAGAGAAAAUAAUCAAGAUAUGGUAGAUCUUCUCUUAAAGAGUGGAGCAAAUGUGAAUGCCUCGGAUAAGUCUAAAAGAACAGCACUGAUGAUUGCUGUCAGUGGUGAACCAACAGGCAUAGUCAGUCUUCUUCUUCAAUAUGAUAUUGAUCUCUCUUGUCAAGAUACAUAUGGAUGGACAGCUGAGAAAUAUGCUAUUGUCAGUGGUCAUUCUAUUCAUCGUCAACUUAUUAAUCAGUACAGGACGCAGAAGGCACCUAAUCAGCCCCUUUCACCCCAAAUCAGUGGUUCAGAGAGGGCUUCUGAUCCAGAAUUUACUUUGGGUGGAUCUGCCAUAGACCAAGAAGCUUUUGCUUCACAGAUACUAAAGAGAAUACAUAAGCCACAAGAGUUAGGGGGACCAGGGAACAGAGGUUUGAAAGAGUUGAUCUCUGCUCUUGGGGUGAAAAGGGCACUAUCCCAAGCUUCUUAUGCUGAGAGCCAGUUGGUGGGUCAUUGUCUUUCCAUGCUGGGGCCUCAGCUGCUUGCGUCUUGCCCACUGCUCUGGCGGUGGCCCAGCCUAGUUGUGCCCAUUGUGCUGAGGUUCCCUGGCUCAUAUUUUGCCUUCUGCCAUGGGGUUGGAGGCCUCACUGCUUGCCUGCUGAGCCAAGACUGA